CUGCUGCAGGCCGUGCAGGCGCUAGGGCCACUCCGGGGCACGCUCUUGCUCGUCUGCAUGCAGGUUGCGGGCUUUGUGUUGUUGAUACCAACUUCGAUCCUCUCCGUCGCCGCUGGAGCCGCCUUUGGGCUGCAGAUUGGGAUAGCCGCGGCGGCGGCCGGUUACCUCACUGGCUCCCUCUUCCCCUUCUUCCUCUCGCGCCGUGUACUCUCCGCGACCGCCACUCGCUUGGUCCGCUCCUACCCGCUCGCGUCUGGCGUCCUUGCCGCCGUCGAUGAGCAGCCGUUUCUCCUCAUCGUGCUGCUGCGCCUCUCCCCGGCUCUGCCGGCGCCGGUCAACUGCUACUUGCUCGGGCUCACCUCCGUCCCGACGUCGACCUAUCUGGUCGCCACUGCCCUCGGCGCGGCCCCAAACUGCGUCUUUUGCGUCUACCUCGGCUCGCUCAUGCAGUCGAUAGCAGAGGUGCUGCAAGGCGACGGCGCGGCCCCGCCGUGGCCUCUCAUCGUCCUCGGCCUCGCCGCCACCGUCGGCGCGCUUGCUCUCAUCUCCAGCGUAGCGCGCCGC